AUGUCCGUGACUGACCCCAUUCACUACUCCCAAAUUCGUCGUGAUGACAAUGUGAUUGAUGAUUACCAUAGUACACAAAUUCAUGAUCCUUAUCGUUGGCUAGAAGAUCCAGGUUCGGUGGAAACAGAAGAAUUUGUUCGAGCACAAAAUGUAAUAAGCCAAAAAUAUUUAAAAUCUAUUCCGUAUCGUGAAAAAUUUUGUGAACACUUAAAACAAGUAUUUAAUAUACCAAAAUUUUCAUGUCCAAGUAAAUACGCGGGUAAAUAUUAUUAUCAUAUGAAUACAGGAUUACAAAAUCAAGAUAUAUUCUAUGAAUUGGACAGUUUGGACAAAAGUACAGAUGAAGCUCAAAUUAUUCUUGAUCCAAAUACAUUUUCAGAAGAUGGUACAGUAGCAAUACAAUCGAUGAGUUUCUCAGAUGAUGGAAAAACAAUUUGUUAUGCUGUUUCUGAUGCUGGUUCAGAUUGGUCAACAGUAUAUUUUCUGGAUGUUGCAAGUCGAAAAAAACAUGCUGAUGUACUUGAACGAACAAAAUUUUCAUCAUUAGCAUGGACUAUGGAUAAUAAAGGUAUUUUUUAUAGAACAUAUCAAGAUGCACGGCAAAAUUCUGAACAAGAAGAGAAAAACGAGAUAAUAAAUGGUGUUACAUCCAGAAAAAUUGAAAUUGAACGCACCGAUGUUCAAGAAAUUUAUUAUCAUCGUUUAGGUACUCCACGUGGUGAAGAUAUUUGUGUUGUACGUUGUGAAAAAGAUUUAAGCGAUUAUUUUUUCAGUAUUGAAACAUCGAAUGAUGGUCUUUAUUUAAUAGCAUCUAUUCGACUUGGUACAUUGCAUGAAAAUCGUUUAUGGUAUUAUCGAUUAGGUGAAAUAGAAAAAAUUGAAUGGAUUAAACUAAUUGAUGAUUUAAAAUAUACGUAUGAAUUUAUAACAUCACGAGAAAAUAAAUUUUAUUUAAAAACAAAUAUGAAUGCAAAAAAUUAUCGUCUUAUUGUUAUUGAUAUUGAAAAACCAACGGAAAUUAUUGAAUUAAUACCAGAACAUAGUGAAGAUUUAUUAGAAGAUGUAAAGUGUGUGAAUCAAAAUUAUUUUCUUUGUGAAUAUUUAUCACAUGUUAAAAGUGUACUGUAUCUCUAUGAUUUAAAAACUGGACAACAAUUAAAAAAAUUUAAUUUAUCAAUUGGAAAUAUUCAAACAUGGGGUGAUGAACGUGAAAAUGAAAUAUUUAUUCGUAUAGAAUCAUUUUUAUCUCCCUCAGCAAUUUAUGUCUGUGAUUUAAACAAAUCAUUUAGUGAUGAUAAUUUAAAAUUAUUUAAACGUGUUGAAUUUAAUGGUAUAGAUUUAGACACAAUGACAACUGAACAAGUCUUUGUUAAAUCAAAACAAGAUGAAAAUGUUAAAAUUCCAAUGUUUUUGGUACAUAAAAAAUCGAUGAUUAAAAAUGGUGAAAAUCCUGUUUGUCUUUAUGUCUACGGUGGUUUUUCAAUUUCAAUUAAACCAUUUUUCUCAAUAGCAACAACAUUAUGGAUACAUCAUUUUAAUGGAGUAUUUGCUGUUGUAAAUGCAAGAGGUGGUGGUGAAUAUGGUGAAGAGUGGCAUAAAUCAGGUUAUCGUGAAAAAAAAUGGAAUACAUUUUAUGAUGUUUGUUCCUGUAGUGAAUAUUUAAUUGAACAAAACUAUACAUCGGCAUCAAAAUUAGCUAUUAAUGGUGGAAGUAAUGGGGGUUUGACGGUUAGUGUAUGUGCUAAUUUACGUCCUGAUUUAUUUGGAACAGUUGUCAUUCAAGUGGGUGUAUUGGAUUUGUACAGAUACCAUAAGUGGACAAUAGGACACUAUUGGAUCGGUGAAUAUGGAAGCUCAGAUGUGAAAGAAGAUUUUGAUGGAUGGAUUAAAAAUAUAUCACCAUUACAUAAUAUACCUAAGAACAGUUCAAUAUAUCCAUCAAUAAUGGUAACAACAGCUGAUCAUGAUGAUCGAGUAGUCCCUGGUCAUUCAUUUAAAUAUAUUGCACAGUUACAACAUCAAUUGAAAGACUUAAAAAAUAAUCGCCCAUUGAUUAUUCGAAUUGAUAUACGUGCGGGACAUGGUUCGGGAAAACCAACAGUGAAAAGAAUCGAAGAGUUAUCCGAUAUUUAUUGUUUUAUUGCUCAUACUCUGAAUGCUACUUUUAUUGAUUAA